AUGCCUCCUCCAUACAAUACUUCGUGGUCUUACUUCAAAAUAGAUGCCUUUGCAUACAUCAACGCUAACCGAAACUGGACAGUGGAGGAGCGAAACCAUACAGUUUCUACAAUCUGGGCUGGAAAUGUGAACGUCCAGAAUCACUAUAAUGCAUUAACGUGGGUUGGAGAAGUAAGGGCGGCAGCCACUCCUGGCCUACCUAACCCAAAUCCUAUACCAGCGAUACCAUAUACAGCUGUGUCACUUGCAUAUGCGAAAGCUAGAGGGAAACUACCUUCUUCAACGCCAUCACCAUUAUCAUCAUCAUCGUCAUUAUCACCCUCUGGACCUGGACCUGCAACUCAGCACACUAAUUCACAACCGGACGACUUUUGGCCAAAGCGGCCAUGGUCUCCUGAACCCAAGCUACCGCUCUAUGACUUAGAUAUGGUCAAGGCAAAUAGUGCUUCAAGAGAGGCUUGGCUCAGCACUGAACCACAUAUGCCCCCACCAAAUGACGGGUCUCAGUGGCGCGGUGUCCAAGUGCUGGAAGUUGGGGGUUACGGCGCUGCAGGGCUAUGGGUCCAGACCGAUGCCGCAGGUAACAUUCGAGACAAAAUGGUGAUCAAGGAAGCCAAGCCUUUCACAGCUAGCCAAUGGCGCGACCCAAAAAACUGGCAUGACAGAUUGCCACGCGAGAUUAGGAUACACCAGCUGGUUGAGGAACGGCGCAGCGUAGAGCCUGAUUCGUGUCGUCACCUCGUCCGUUCCCGUGGUCAUCGGCUCUGGAUGCGGUCGAGACGGUAUAGGUUAUACCUGGAUUUUUAUCCUGGAGGUGACCUGAGGAGGGCAAUGAAAAACUAUGCUGAGAACUGGACUAAAGAAGAAGAAGAUUCUGAGUUCAAUCGGGAGGAAGAUCUUUCAGAGGGUUUUAUAUGGUACACAAUAAAAUCACUAGCGACGGCCUGCCUAUUGCUACAUAGGGGGACACUGUCAGAUAACGAAUUGUUCGGAUGGAAGCCAAUCACGCAUCUCGAUUUGCAGCUACCUAAUGUUCUUCUCGAUAUUUCUAAUCCAAAGGAGGGAAAUUAUACGGGCAGUGAGCCCUCAUACGUGCCUAUUCUUGCUGAUUUUGGCAUCUCCUUUCUCAGUCCUGGGGGUCAUGGCUCCACUCUUUCUGACCCUCCAGAAGACUUUACUCCCAACUUCGACACUCGAUAUCCUCCUGAAAUGAACCAACAACCCUCAGAUGACAUCAAACUUGGAGAAAAGACGGAUGUUUGGGGCCUUGGAAACAUUGCCUACAAAUUAAUCAUGAAUGGCCUAGUCGAUCAGGGUCCAGUCCGUUGCGACGCACACACUCAAGAUGAGGAAUUUGAGGAAUAUGACGGAAAGAUCCCGCUAGCAGCACAGCAUUGGCGCAACCUUUUCCAGAACGAUGACAAAAAUGUCCUCAGUUAUGAUUGUCCAGAAUGUAGGCCUACUGGAUCUUAUACUGAUGAUCUCAAGCAGCUCGUGAGGAAGUGUUUGAACUAUGAACAAGGCAAGAGGCCAACGCUCUUGGAAAUCAUUGCCGAGGCUGAUCAGCACUUUGGUGAGUUCCCCGGAGACAUGGAUGAGCUCAUGGACAAGGGUCGGUAUAACUUGAAGGAGCCCAAUUUCGAGGAGUUUCUGACCGGAGAGGCUAUGGACAUAGGUACAUAG